CGUUCAUGAUUUAUUUGUCAUUGCUAGUUUAACUUCCAUUUUGACAUUUAGUCGUUAUUGUUUCGUUUGUUCGUUCGUUCGUUCAUACGAGUUGAAACGAGAUUGAUACGUUCUCGUAAAUAUAAUCUCACAUUUACAUUCGACUCUGUGGGAGAAACAACACGCGAAGAAAAAGUCAUAAAUAAAAGGGUUGAUAUUUUCUUUUUCUUUUUGAUCUUCUUUUUUAUUUCUUCUCUUUCUCUUAUUUUUGUUAUUCUCAUUCUUUUUUUUUUUUAGAAACGCGUGUGUUCUUCGAACUAUACACGUUAGAUCACACGCAUUCGUAUAUAUGUACAUCGUACGUACAUGUGUGUAUAAAAUAUAUAAAAAGAUACGUAUACGAGAGCACGCGUUAAGUUAUAAUUAGCUUUGAGCGUGUUUCUCAUCUUCUUUCUAGAAGAAGAGAGUGAAAAGGAGAGGAGAGGAGAGAGAGAGAGAGAGAGAGAGAGAGAGAGAGAUAGACAGACAAAGCUUCUUCGACUGGGAAGCUCUUAUUUUGACUUUCAACGUCAUCGAAACAAGCCGGCCGUUCGGUAGUCCCUAUUCUAUAUAUAUGAACUUGAUAUUACUCGAGGAAGUAAACCCGAGGAAGUGAUAAAAGAUCACGGAAAUGUGAUAAACGAAUCAAACAAUUUCUUAUUGAUCUUUAGUGGUCCUCGAUCGUUCGAUUUUGCUUAGUUGUCGUUGUAACAUUUCUCAAUUUCGAGUUUUUCAAAAGAAUACGAAAAAAGUGAAGAAGAAAAGGAAGAAGUGAUAAUGAUAAUAAUAAUAACAACUGCGAUAAAAUUUAUAUCGAUCAAAUAAAUAAAAAAUUUUCUACCUGAAAUUUUGUUGAUUGGCGGAAAUUACAUCGGCAAGGAUUUUUAUGGAUAAAAAGAAAGUCGAGGGAAUACGGACGAGUUUCGAUUUUCGAGCUUCCGACGUUCGUCUCAGCGCUGGGACCUCGUGAAACGACGUGAAAGGGUAGUGCGAAUGAGGCGAACGCUUUCAAACCGAUGAGAUGACAGUGCUGUGCGUGCUGUGGGCUACUCUGUCCACCGUGGCAUCGAUCCUAGCGUGUUCUGGCUUUUAUUUGCCUUAUUGGAUACAGGGACGACUACUGGGAAAGGCCGACGCGUACUUCAGUUCCUUUCGACGUUGCAACUAUCCACGAAUCAGAGCACCUAACGCUACACCUGAGAUAGUUUACCAGUGUGCACGGUACUCUAGUUUCUGGGAUAUACCAAGUGCAUGGUGGCAAGCAAGUACAGUAACGAUGGGGAUCGGUGUAUCGAUCGCAGUGAUCGGUGCUUUGACUCUUCUAGCAGCUGCAUCUUCUUUUCUACCACAUAUUCUAAGGACUCCGAAGCAUACGAGGCUUCUUGGUUCUAUUCAUUUCAUAGCCGCUGCAAUGAUAUGUGGUGGUUUGGUGAUGUACCCCAUUGGAUGGGACAAUCAAGAAGUACGUGAGUCCUGUGGUAAAGCUGCGAACGUGUACAAUCUCGGAAAGAGAGAAACACAUUUAUCUUCUAAGAAGGUGAAAAAGUGGGAGAGUGGGGCGGCGGGAAGAAGAAGGAGGGGAGAUUUGUUGGAGUGGAAAAGGAAAAGAAGAAGGUGUGAGGAAGAGAAGGUUUAACGAAUUACAAUACCGACGAGUAAAAACGCCGAAGCUGCUCAACGAGCGAGUUAUUUUCCUUCUCCUUCUAUUAUUUUCUAUCUACGUGUGUGCAUGUAUGUGUGGUGUAUGUGUUCGUGUGUGUAUGCUCGUGUUUGUUUAGUCCGAUCGAUCAAUUGCUCAAAAAUCCUAAAGACUCUCUCUCGUUCAUUAUGGAUUCGCCAACUUAGGGAUUAUCACGAAGAGAUAGUUUCUUUAACCGUUUGAGUGCCACGGGCUUUUCUCAUUUCCUGAUCGAAACUUGCCAAGCGGCGCGAUAGCGCUUGUUAUAUUCCGUGUCGAAAUUUGCCAAGCGGCGCGAUAGCGCUUGUUAUAUUCCGCGUCGAAAUUUGCCAAGCGGCGCGAUUGCGCUUGUUAUAUUAUAUUUUUAUUAUUUUUUAUAUUAUUUUUUUGUUAUUGUAAUAUUUCGCGCCUGCUGUAAUUAUGGGCUUCGCAGCUCAGAGCGCUGCAGUUUUCAAGACAGGACAGAAGAAGCGCGAUCGCGCCGCUUGGCACUCAAACGGUUAAGGAUCAGAAUAAAGGAUACGCGUGUGAAUCCUUUUCAAGGCUAAUCUGUAUUACAAAGAAAAAAGAAAAAAGAAGAAGAAGAAGAAGGAGUAGAGACAAAAGAAGAAGAAUAAAAAAGAGCGAUUGAAAGAACAUCGAGGAUAAUAGCUCGAUAUGAAUAAAAAUUGAGGUUGAACUUUGUCAGCACUUGCUAAAAUCGUAGUUAAACUUGUAAAGAGGUGAUUUUUCUUGUAAAAAGAACAAAAGCAAUGUCGAAAUUAAAAUUUAAAUUGUACAACGUCGUAUAUUUCCUCAAUAAUAGGAGUAUACAAUUAUUUA